AUGAUCGCGAUCGUUCCCGAAACACUACAAUCGGACGUCUUACAUCAUUAUCACACUACGUUGGAAGGAGGACAUCAGGGAGGGGGGCGAACCUACCAGCGGAUCAGGGAUCAUUUCCAUUGGAGAGGAUUAUAUCGGAGCGUUCAGCAAUAUGUGGGGGAAUGUGUGGAUUGUGAAACGGGAAAAGGAAAACCGGUGAUCCGAGGUGAAUCAUCAGGGAACUUGCAGGCGACAUACCUGUUCCAGAUCAUUGCCAUGGAGCAUAUACCGUCGCUGCCCAGAUCCCACAAGGGGAACACUGAAUUAUUGAUCUGGGUCGAUCUGUUCACAGGAUAUGUGAUCGCGAAAGCCAGCUCGUCCCGAUCGGUCCAGACGGUUGCGGAAUCAUGGUCCACAUAUCGAGAACCCGGUUUCAUGUCCGAUUUCUUCCUGGCGUUUAACCAGAUCUUGGGACAACGGCAGCGAGCGACGAUGGCAUAUCGUCCACAGGCUAACGGGACUGCUGAGAGAAUGGUGCAGACCGCGAUCAGAGCGCUCAAGAUGUACGUCCGCGAUCUUGAUCAGAAGGAUUGGGACAAAUAUGCUGAGCGCCUCACCUUCGCGAUCAACACGGCUCACGAUCGAAUCCGAGGGGAUACCCAUCACUAUCUAGUGCUUAGGUGGGAUCCGAGAUCGACGCUGGAGGCUGCACUGCCAGUCGGAUGUACCAGACGGCGCGAUCAAGACGCGCGGCGUUGGCGUUAUCAGGUCCAGCAAUAUUAUCAGCAGUCCCGAGAGCAAGUCAACGCUAGAUUGAAGGAAGCCAUCGCAGAUCGGGCCGGCUGA